GUCAAGAGAACUGCCUCCAUGGCUGUGGUGGAGAUGACAGCAGGACAAGCUUUGGGAGAUGGGUUCCAGUUAUUGAUAGGACUGGCCGAGAUCCAUGUGCCCAGGAUGUGGGUGGAGGAAGAUGUAGAUAACCCUGGAUCACCAGCUUGCAUGUUGACCUUCUACCCAGAGUUUGAAGCAGAGUCAGACCUGGCCUGUGAGGUUAUCUUACUGAUUGAUGUUUCCAAUUCUAUGAAGGAGAAAGCAUUGCAGGAUGCCAAGAAAGUGGCUUUGCUUACACUGCAUCAUCUGUCAAAUGGUUGUGUGUUUAAUGUUGUGUCUUUUGGAACUGGUUUUGAAGAGUUGUUUCCAUGUUCUAUGGGGAAGACGAAGUUAACAGUGAAACAAGCACAAGAAUUUAUUCAGGCAUUACAACCUUCUGGUGGGAACACAGAAGUUAUUCAACCACUGCAAGUAAAUUUCCUGCUCAAACCAAGUCAAGGGUUGCGCAACAUAUUCCUCAUCUCUGAUGGACAUGUCAACAACGAGGAAGCUGUCUUCACAGCUUUGAGAAAGAACUAUGAGCACACUAGGCUGUUUACUCUGGGAGUUAGUGCAACAGCCAAUAAGUACUUGCUACGGUCUUUAGCCAGAGUUGGAGCAGGGGCAUAUGAGUACUUUGACAAUAAAACUAAAUCCAAAUGGGAGAAAAAAGUGAAGUGUCAGCUAGACAAGGUCUCUCAGCCAGGCUUGACAUCUGUGUCUGUUGCUUGGCAACAGUAUGAUGAUGAUCUGCCACCUCCUGUACAGGCACCCACCCAGAUCACCUCACUUUUCAAUGGUUCUAGACAGGUGGUGUAUGGGUUUGUGCCCAACUGUAUGCAAGCCACUCUUAAGGCAAUGAUCGCCGGAUUUGAAGUCUCUACAGUUGUUUCCACAUCUGACUUAAGCAUCACAAAAGGAAAGAUAUUACACCGUCUUACAGCUAAGGCAAUCCUUAGAGACUGGGAAGAGGGAAGCCUGGAUGAUGACAGGACACAGCAUGAGGUCCUGAAAAUGAAUCGAAAGAAUCUUAUAAUUCAGCUCAGCACAAAGUAUUCCAUUGUAACACAGUUUACCAGUUUCAUUGCCAUUGAAAAGAGAGAAAAGGAUGAAGAUAUGAGCAGUGAAGGUCCGAGGAUUGAGGCUAUCUUGGCAGAAGAAGAUGUAGAUAUUCUGCCAUAUAUUGGAUGGAAGGAGAAGGAAGAGAUUCUUAACAAGCAGGAGGAAAAACGGUUAAUAUUUCAUCUGACCUGUAAAGUUCUUUGACAUGUUUUUAGUCUAUUGUCUUGUCUGGAGAGAUAAGGCAGUUUGUUUCCAGUGUAAUUUGUUAUCUAGCCCUGAUUUGAAAACAAAGCCUUGCCUUAGAGGUGUGAUAAAAUGUUUUAUUGCAAGAACAUAAAAUUCCUUCUUGCAAAUUUGCGAAAGAAAUUGCCCCAGGCCUGAUAUUCUGCUGAGUGGGAUGAUAUGUGCUGUGUAUGUACUAAUUCUGUUUAUUUCUUUUGCUUAUAAAAUGUGGUCUGUACAAUUGCUUAAAUAGU